AUGAAACCAAAUGAAAAUGAAGAAGAAAAACGACGAAAACGCAAGAGACUCACUGCCGCGAUAAAGAGGUGCAUCCUGUCCAGGAGCUUCGCGGAGAGUCCUGUUCAAGAAGAUCCUGCCAGAAAUGAGUUCUUUCACUGCCAACCCCGACGAACCGGAUCUUCCUGCUCUACCGACUCACAGAGCUCUACCGACUCUCAGAGCUCCACUGACUCCCAGAGCUCUUCGUAUUCCUCAUCGUCGUCUUCCGAAAUGACGAGUCCGACAAGCCCCGACUUCGCACCCGCUGGUUCUGGGCUGCCCUUUUCCUUAUCACCUCAGCCUUCGUCUCAGUCCGCCUCUACUUCCUCGGCAGCGCCCCAAACCGGCAACUGCUCCUUUCUCAAACGCAAGAAUCGCAAGAAACUCUCGCUGAAGCUAUCAAAUUAG